CAUUUACAAACUAUGGAUAAGAAAGAUAUUUUCUUCAGCCAUUCUGAAGGAUGAUGCGAGCUCUCGACCUUCUUCCCCUCUCCAUUCCACCUCCGUUCAGGCGACACCUCUCGCCCAAAUCUCUCCCUUCUUCUCUCUUCUUCUCAUGCGUCUCAAAGCCCUAUUGGACGAAAGCUCCUCCCUUUUCAUUCCGGCGCGAAUCCACCGCUCUACGCAGCAGUAUCAAUGGCAAGAAGCCCGACGAAUCCGUCUUCUUUGACGAUGAUGGCGCCAUCGACGACAUGGAUGGGUAUCUCAAUUACCUCUCGCUGGAGUACGAGUCUGUUUGGGAUACCAAACCCUAUUGGUGUCAACCAUGGACGAUAGUGCUAACGGGAGUGAUUGUGACUGCAUCUAGUUGGUUAUGGCUUCACUCGAUUGUAAUCAGCAUUGGGGUUUCUUGCUUGAUAUUUGCGUGGUGGUACAUUUUUCUCUACGCCUAUCCCAAGGCUUAUUCUAAUAUGAUUUCCGAGCGCAGGAAAAAAGUGAACAGUGGCGUUGAAGAUACUUUCGGUUUCAAAAACAGUAAAUGAGGUUUCGUUUGGGACAGCUUUCUUUCUGCUUUUUAAAGUAAUUUUCUAGUAUAAAAAAUAAAAUUUUUGUACUAGGAAGCUGCUUUAAGAAGCAGAAAGAAAGCUAUCCCAAACAAAACCUCGUCGAGAAAUGAAAAAAAAAAAAAUUGUGUUAGAAUAUUCUUGAUAUAAAUUGUAUUAGAAUGAGUUUAAAAAUUAUUGAUUUGUUUUGCGAAUAUUAUAAUAUAUAACUAUUCUCAAAAUAAAUUCAAUAAUUUUUAAAUGUAUAAGCUCUAUCAAUAUAUCGUAAUACAAAAUUUUCUCCUGAGAAGUGUUGGUGGAUUUGAUCUUUACCUGUUACAGAUUGACAUAUAAGGUUAGGGUGGGGGUAAUUGGAGAUCGCUAUAUUAUUCUUCUAAGAAUUCGUUUGGGAUGAUUUUCUUACUGCUUCUUAAAACAGUUUUUUAGUAUAAAAAUUUUAUUUGUUAUAGUAAAAAACUGCUUUAAGAAGCAGUAAGAAAGUUAUCUCAAACGAAACCUAAAUCUUUGUUGUAAAUUAAUCUUUUGUCAGUGAAAUUCACCUAUCAAUCCAUCUAUGAUUCUGUAAACAGGAAUGGCUAGCUAUAUGAGCAACCAUUAUUAUGUUGAUUUUUAAUUUUUGAGAACCA